UUUAUAGGGCCAGCCAGAAGCGGAAGCAGUUAGGCGCCAUUUCAGUGCGGAGUUACUGCUCGCUGCGUCGUCCCCCUCCCGGCGAGCGGUGGCGACAGCCCAGUCGCCUUAAUUGGAUCGGAACACCACGAAAGCCGAUGGAAGCAGCCCUCAAUCCGGCACACGGAAGUUCUGUAGUUGGGCUGCCCUGUGGCGGGAUGGACCAGCACACGAGCACUGGCAAACGCAUCCGCAAGCCUUCCCUACUCUACGAGGACUUUGAGAGCCCCUCCCUGCCGCACACCAUGCCCCAAGGUCCCCCCGCUCCACCGCAGCCCCCCGUCAAGGACCCCUCCAGGCUGGGCCGCGUGACCAACCAGCUGCAGUUUCUCCAGAAGACCUUGCUCAAGUGCCUUUGGAAGCAUCACUUCGCUUGGCCAUUUCACGAGCCCGUGGACGCCCACAGGCUUAAUUUACCGGAUUAUCACAAAAUAAUCAAACAACCGAUGGACAUGGGCACCAUCAAGAAGCGCCUGGAGAAUAACUACUACCGCAGCGCGUGUGAGUGCAUCCAGGACUUCAACACCAUGUUCACCAACUGCUACAUCUACAACAAGCCGACAGACGACAUUGUGCUCAUGGCCCAGUCCUUGGAGAAGAUCUUUCUCCAGAAGGUGGCCCAAAUGCCACAGGAGGAAGUGGAGUUGGCCACCCCCGUCCCUCGAAAGAAAAACGGCAGAGGAAGAGGCCGCAAGUUGAGUCCUUUGUCUGAUUUGUCCCCAAUGUGUCCGCCAGCGCUGAGGGCGCAGCAGGUGCCCGCCGUGUCGCAGUCUGCCUACUCACCGUCCUCCUCGGACACGGGGGACUCGACGCUGGAUAACUCUCCUCAGACCGUGCUGACCAAGAGCCUGCCUCCAGCCAACAUUAUGGGCUUGCCCCCCACGCAGCCCACCACCAAGAAAAAGGGUGUGAAGCGUAAGGCGGACACCACCACUCCGUCCACUAUGGGUUUGACUGUGGGCAUGUCGGGAGACGGACAUGGACUCAUGGUGGGCUUGGGCAAGGGAGGCCACGGGGGUCAGGUCCAUGACUCCUCCAUGAGCUCCAUCUCCUCCAUGGGGGGCAUGACUUUAGAGACUCCGCCUGGCAUGGGCCUGGUGCACAGCCCGGGGGGCCCCGUCCUGCUCCAGCCCAUGACCUCCAGCACCGGACGCAGGGUCGGCAGCGGCCGCCCCAUCAAGCCCCCCAAGAAGGACUUGCCGGACUCCGUCCAGCUCCAGCCCUCACGGAAGGGCAGGCUGAGUCCCCUGAUGAGGUACUGCAGCGGGCUGCUCAAGGAUAUGCUCUCCAAGAAGCAUGCCGCCUACGCCUGGCCUUUUUACAAGCCCGUGGAUGCCGCGGCGCUCAGCUUGCACGACUAUCAUGACAUCAUCAAGUGUCCCAUGGACCUCAGCACCAUCAAGAGGAAGAUGGACAGCCGAGAGUACCGAGACUCUCAGCAGUUCGCCAGCGACGUACGACUCAUGUUCUCCAACUGCUACAAGUACAACCCCCCCGACCACGACGUCGUGGGCAUGGCACGCAAGCUGCAAGACGUGUUUGAGUUCAGUUUUGCCAAGAUGCCCGAUGAGCCUCACGCGGACCAUGGUGCCAUGUCUAUGAGUGGCCACCCAACGUCGUCCUCGUCCUCAUCAUCCUCUUCGUCCUCAUCAUCUUCGUCCACCUCUGAGAGCGAGCCCAGCAGCGAGAGCGAAGAGAGUGAGAGCACCCCCAGCUCGGACAGUGAGGAGGAGCGAGCGCAUCGUCUGGCGGAGCUGCAGGACCAGGUGUGCACGCAGCUGAGAGCUGUGCACGAGCAGCUGGCCGCGCUCUCCCAAGGCCCCAUCAUCAAACCCAAGAAGAAGAAAGAGAAGAGGGACAAGAAAGACAAGAAGAAGAAAAGGAAGCUGGACAAGCGGAGUCGCGGCGCCAAAAGCAGAGCGGGCUCUGAAGAGUGGAAGAUGCCUACCAAGAUGCUAAAGAGCAAGACCUCGCGAGCAGGGGGCGGCUCCCAGGCCAAGAAGAGCCAGACGAAGAAGAGCAGCAAGAGCAAGAGCUCCAAGAAGCCGUUUUACCCGCCGCUGACCGACUCCAUGUUGCCGCACUACGACUCAGAAGAGGAGGAUGAGAUUGUUCCCAUGUCGUACGAUGAGAAGCGCCAGUUGAGCCUGGACAUCAACAAGCUGCCGGGCGAGAAGCUGGGCCGCGUGGUCCACAUCAUCCAGUCCAGGGAGCCCUCGCUGAGGGACACCAACCCCGAGGAGAUCGAGAUCGACUUUGAGACGCUCAAGCCGUCCACGCUGAAGGAGCUGGAACGCUAUGUCAUGACCUGCUUGAGGAAGAAGCCCCGCAAGCCCUACAGCGAUCAAGCAGCAAAGAAAGGCAGCGUUGGCAAGUCCAAAGAGGAGCUCACCCUUGAGAAGCGUCUGGAGCUGGAGAGGAGGCUUCAGGACGUCAGCGGUCAGCUCAACUCUGGCAAGAAACCUGCCAAACCAAAAGUGGAGAAGCCAAACCCUCCAGAGAUGCACGCCCAGCCCUCUCGCCUCAGCGGCAGCAGCUCCAGCUCGGACUCAUCCUCUUCCUCCUCCUCGUCCUCCACCUCAUCCUCAGACACCAGUGAGUCAGACUCUGGGUGAGGUCUUUUAUUCCACGCUGGCUGAACUAGAAAAGAAAAGAAGAAACUCAGGGACUUGGGCUGGCCCAGGACACGACGCACCCUGAGACGUGGUGGAAACCCACUCAAGCUGACUACUGAAAUAUUUGAAUGUUGGACUGAAGGGAUGGGGGUAGGGGGUAAGGAAACACUUAUUGCCUUGGUUUCUCCCGCCUACUUUUUUGUAAAUACAUGUACAAAUUUAUGUUUCUUUUAUAAAGAAAAAUUUUAUGAUGAUUCCCCCCCAGAGAAGGACCUUGGGGUGUAAGUCUUCUUUGGCCGGCUUUGGGCCGCAAUAAUAAGUAUUUAUUUGUUUUGAUUGCCCGCAUUUCCUCGCAUGUCACUUCAUUACCUCGCUUAUCAUCUGACGCCUCAUUUGGCCCCAAGCCCCCGCCUUAAACUAACAAUCCAGUACAUUUAAAAAGCAAAACUGUCAGAUCCAACAUGAACUUAUUUGUUACAGUACUUUGCACAGAUGUUACUGAGGUCCAAGUAUUUCUUUGUCUGUUUUGGUGUUCAACAACCCGUUAUUUAUUGUACUGCACUGAAAUUGCCUAAAAAUAAUCACUGCGAACUGUGAGUUUUUCUGUCUUUUUUUUUUUUUUUUUGAAGCAAUUUUCUAAAAACUUUACUUCAUUCCUGACGUGAACAUUUGGAGAAAGUGUUGACUGUUCCUGAAACAUCAAUAUGUAUCUGCAGCACUUAACAUGUUGAAAGUUUGACUUCUCUGCAUUAAAACUAGAAAUUCCCUAUUUAAACUGAAUGAUAUUUCAAAUUAUCCAUAUUUCUUCAUUGUUCAGAGAAAAACAAAUGAAUGCUUGUAUAUUCUUAAACUGUACAUGUUGUACAAACUGCUGUAACCCUGCUGUUCUUACUUAAUUUUGUAUCUUUUACGCUGCUCGUACAGCACUCCUGUCAUUCCAGUUAAUUGUUGUUUCCUCAGUAGAGAACAGCUGUCUCUUCACGCACCUUUUCAUUUGACAGCUUUGUUUAUUAAAGUAAUAUCUUCUGUAGAAACUGUGUGUAGUCAAUGUCCAGUUUUAGUAAAAUGUCAUGUGAAAUUGAUCUUCUGUGAGGUAUUUAAAAAGCUGGUCACUUAAUGAUCACAAUUACACGGUAAGGAUAGAGUGUAACACAUAACUGUAUAUUAUAAUACAAAUACGUACUAACAUUGCGGUCUCCGCCGGUAGGUGGCAGCUACUGAACAUCAGUCACGCUGUGAUGCUUUCAAGGUGCAUUGAUGUGUUCGUCACUUACAAGUGACGAGAACAAAAUCACUUUUACAGGUCUAAAGGUCACGUUGCAUGUACUGAUAAUUGUUUCCCGCAAUGAAU